CAUGGAAGAAGAGAUGGAAAAGCAACUACCCGUUUUGGACGAGUUGGUUACCAGAACAGUGGAAGACGAAUUACAAACGUCAGUUUACAGAAAAGCAGCACACACCGAUCAACUCCUGAACUUCAACAGCCAUCACCCUAAGUAUCACAAUAUAAACUGUAUAAGGACCCUGUUUCGUAGGAUAGAAUCGUAUUGCCAUACUGUGGAGGCAAAACGAAAGGAAGUGAAACAUCUGUUUAUGUCUUUCAUUCGCAACGGCUACCCACGCAGUUUCAUCCGAAGACAUCUAAACCGAAGGAGCAAAACUACCGCACCUACACCAACAACGGCGAAAAGCAUCGCCUUGCCGUACAUCGAAAAUGUAACGGAAAAGACAGCCAGACUCCUCAAGUCGCGGAAACUGAUGAUAGCUCACAUACCAACUGCGACUUUGAAGGGAAUCUUAUCUAGAUCUAAAGAAAAACUAGGCACACCAACGCCGAAAUGUGGUCUACAGGAUAUGGUGCAUGGACUGUGUGCUAGACUAUGUGGGUCAAACGGGCAGAAAACUAUCUACAAGACUACAAGUGCACUAGCGUGCAUGCAGCUAUCAUUACGUAUCAUCACAGAUCUCAGCGCAUCUCGAUGAGGAAACAUACAACGUUAAUUGGGACAACACAGAAAAUGCUGGCGCACGGAGGGAUAAGAAAUAGAAGAGAAUUCUUUGAGGCAUAGUUCUCUAGGGAGUAUUCAGAGAGCCUCCACAUUGACCUCGAUCCAGCGUACCUACAACUGAUAAAGCGUGAAACUGUGCUGCCGAAAAUCUAACAAACGUAGGUCACGGGACACAGAUUUAGGAG